AGGUGGGUGUGUGUCUCUCAGCUGAUGCCCGUAUCAACCGAGCGACUCCAUCAACAGCAUCCGACGCUGACAGCGGUCGAGGACGGCAUCCCGAGCAGCAGCGACGCAAGGCGGCAUCGCACGAUGAUCGGGCCCCGGGGGAAGCAGGACUGACAGCGGAAUAACAACACGGAGCCCGCCCUCCAGCACACUGCAAAAAAUAUGUGUGUGCCCCCACUACCUGCAUUAGGUUGUGAUGACCCACACUGCAUCCAAAUGUUUCUGUGACCCCCCAAACCUGACUCCUAACCUCUAACCCCUGACCUUUGACCCCCUCACUAUGGGCAGUGUUGGCAGUGGGGUGGCAGGCGAGCAGGAAUUUGCCAUGAAGUCUGUAGGCACGAGGACCACGCUGCCACGCGCCCCUCCUCUCUCACGCCGUUGCCCUGGUGACCGCAGCUGCAGCGCAGAGCGUCUGCCCCGUCCCCCUGCGACUAUAUCCGACGGCACGGCAUCUAGCGACGAACGAGGGAGCGUUAGUAUCGGCACCGGGACCUGUACCGACCGGCCCACUGAAACAGCCUCCACCACCAACACGGAAUGUACCAUGGCGCCGCCCAACAACAACAGUCAGCUGGAGUGUGGCAAUGCUGCGCUCAGGAGGGAGUGGGAAAGGGAGAGACAACGUGAACGGGGGCGAGACAGGGACCGGGACCGAGACUGGGACCGGGAGAGGUUGGACAGGGAGCGAGAACGGGAGAGGAACAGAGAGCGAGAGAGGGAACGUGUGGAGCGAGAGAGGCUGGAGCGUGAGAGGGAAAGGGAACGGGAAAGGGCCCGGGAGAGGGAAAGGGAGCGAAUCGAGAGGGAGAAGAUUGAGAGAGAGCGGGAGAGAGAACGGGAAAGAGAGCGGGAAAGGGAACGGGAGAGACUGGAGGGGGAACGACUGGAACGGGAAAGAGAGUUGCAGGCUGCAGGUCUGGACGUUUGCGGUAACGUCGUGGGUCGAGGAGCAAACGAGAAGAACAGUGUUGGGGUGAAUCAGCAUCAGCACAGAGAGAUGGUGGCCACCAGACCGGACGGCGAAAAUAACCCAGCCGGACACAACCCACCCAAAAUCAUGGCGGUGUCAGGAAAAUUGGAACAGGCAAUGCAGAGAGACACCGGCCUAGUUCGUCCCUCUGCCUUCAAACCGGUGGUCCCGAAGAGUUUCCACUCCAUGCAGAACCUCGUGGGCCAAGCAGGCGGGGCUGGAACCGAGGGCAAGAGUGAAGGGAGAGGAGAAGGCUACAGUGAGGGGAGAGGUGGCAGGAGAGGCAGGGAAGGUGGCGGGGGAGAGUCAGGAGAAGUUCCAGAGGCCCUCCUACUGGACCAGGAGAGCCCGGUGAGGGUCAGCAGAGGUGAGGGAGUGGUAAAUCCUAAUGAAGUGGUUCAGGGGGGGAUGUCAGACUCAGGCAGGAACUCUCUGACCAGCCUGCCCACCUACACUGGUUCGGGCUCUGGUUGUGGACCACCGGCUGUACUGGGGCCAUUAAGUGCUUCCACAAGCCAAAUCAACAGGUUGGGUAUGGCUGGGGUGGCAGCGGGAUUAGACAAACUGGAAAAGCCUGGCUACCAGAAUGGCCUUUGUGCCUCGGACAGCGGUCGAUCCUCAUCAGGAAAGAGUUCCUCAUCCUAUCAAAGGUUGAGUCACAUGAGCGACGCACCAGGACCCUUACGCCCCUCCCCUUCCUCUGAUGACAUCAUUCAGGACCUGGAAGACCGUUUGUGGGAGAAAGAGCAAGAGGUGCAGCACAUGCGCCGCAACUUGGACCAAAGCGAAGCUGCCAUUAUUCAGGUGUUUGAGGAGAAGCAGCGCGUGUGGGAGCGACAGAUGGAUGAGCUGAGACAGAACUAUGCUUCACGCUUGCAGCAGGUUACACGGCGCGCACAACGCUCACAGACUGCUCUGCAGGCACAGAUAACCCGUUUGUCACAAGACAAGAGGAGGCUCCAAGAGGAGAUGGCAGCCCUGCUUGCCCAGCGAGAGGAGCUGGAAAGAAAGUGUCUGGAUUACAGGAAGGAGCAGGCUGACAUUUUGCCACGUCUGGAAGAGACAAAGUGGGAGGUGUGUCAGAAGGCCGGUGAGAUCUCUCUGCUAAAGCAGCAGCUGAGAGAAAGCCAAGCCGAGGUGACACAGCGGGCAGGAGAGAUGGUGGCUCUGAGAGGCCAGCUCAAGGAACUCAAUGCCCAGCUGAGGGAGCAGGAGGAGGCCAUGCUUGGACUGAAGGAGUCCUACGGCGCCAAGAGUCUGGAGCUGGAGAAGUGUGAGGCAGACCUGAGGAGAACUCUGUCGGAGGUGUCCAUCCUGCGAGAGAAGCUGGGUGUUUUUGAGGCAGAGGUGCUGAGUCUGAAACGAGCUUUGAAUGAAGUCAGCAGAGGAGCUGAGGUUGUCAUGAGCCCGAACUUGGCCGCUGCAGGCCUAUUGCCACCCUGGGGAAUGGUUCACUGCCCGCGAACCCCCGCCGAAUCCUCCACCAACUCACUGCCCCCAACGGCAGACACCCUGCUGAGUCUUCAGAGCGACGAAGCCAAAGCCCAGAGGCAGGAGGCUCAAAGGCAGCAGCGUGAGGAGGCGCAGUGGCAUCAGCAGCAGCGUCAAGACGCUCACAUGCAACAGGAAGCUCACUUCCGCCACGAAGCCCAACUCCGUCAGGACGCACACCUCCGCCACGAGGCCCAGCUGCGCCACGAGGCCCAGCUCUGUCAGGAAGCCCAGCAGCGACAGCAGGACGCUCACUGGGACGAGGCGGGUGAGCUGCGCAGACAGCUGGAGCAGCUACAGGCCGCCCUGCGCCUUGAGCGGCAGCAACGCGAGCGCCAGGCGCUCAACUUCGACCAGGAGCGACACACCUGGCAGGAUGAGAAAGAGCGGGUGUUGAAGUACCAGGCCCAGUUACAACUGAGCUACGUGGAGACCCUGCAGAAGAACCAAGCUUUGGAGAAACGUAUGAGUCAGCUGGGAACCAAACCCAGCACCGCCCCGACUGCCCCCACCACCACUGUCACUAACAGCCCCCCUUCCUCCUCCUCUGGUUCUCCACCUCCGCAAUCUCUCAUAGCGCUAUCUCCUCAGCCACCACCAUCUCUCCCUGGCCCAAUCACCCUCACCCUUUCCCCACCAUGUGAAGACCAGAAGGGGCCACCCUCUCUCCACCAGCUUGCCCCUCCUUGGGCGGGACCUUCACGCCUGGAGAGGAUAGAGUCCACCGAAAUUUAAGAAGAAAACAUGCAGGAAAACGCUCCCAAAAAUGCGCAGUAAACACACUGACACAACACCACAUCACAUCGUACUGUACACCAUCAGAAAAAAGUGUGCCACACUGCAGAACCACAAACUGACAAUGUUUAGUUGACGCCAACAACGGUCGUUUAAUUCAUGCCCGUGCCAGGAAAAAAACACCAAGACAAUCAGGGAUAUUGUCAGAAAUUACAACAAUAGUAUUCUAUUCUCAUUAAUUAUUAUUAUUAUGCGCUAUUUAUUAUUCAUCGUAAGUCUGUGUCAGUCGUAUAACGUACAAGUAGAACUAGUGGUCAAGAGUGUGUGACGUUAACCUGCAUUUGUGGCCAGAGAGCGCCUUACUCCAUCAUUUCCAGCAUGUGCAAGACAACAAAUAUUGCUGGUAUUUAAAAAAAUCAAGUGUGAAUAUCAUUUUCAGUGCUUUGAUUAAAUAUAAAUAUAUAUCUAUAUAGGUCAACAACUUAUUCCACAUUAGGAGAAAUCACACUGACAUUCACGUUUAAGUCGGUUUUCAUGACAUUCCAUGCACAAUGUCCAAGAUGCAUGACUCAAAGAUAUCCUCAAAUCCAACAGAGCUUAUAUUUUCUAAAUAUGAAUUAGAAUAAUGAAUUAAAUAUAUGUUGAUAAUCAACUCAAUCCAAAUAUUAGGAGCAGUUCUAAGUUUACCUUCACCUGCGGUGACUAAAAAUGAACCCCAGAGGUCAGUGUUGAUUCUAUCAUGGUGCUCCAAAAUGACUUUCUUUCUCAACUGUGAAACAGUGGAAACAAAUGAAUGGAAGCACACCAUCUUAGUUUACUUAAUGUCAGGAAAUAGAUCCCAAAGUGAAAAAAAAGAAUAGAGAAUGUAUGCUAUACAAGAAAUAAAUACUUAUAGUUAUAGAUUGUACGUGUGUGAGUGAGUGAGUGAGAGCGAGUGUGCGCGUGCCAGUUUAUAAAGACUGAUAAUAGAGGGACUAGUGGCAAUAUUCCAAGUAAAUAUAUAUUCAAAAAGAAUUAUUUGAUUUUUGUCAAGUAGACCAAAAUGAACACAAAGGGAAGCGGGUGUAAAAUCUCGGGCAUCCGUCUAUUUGCAUAGUUUAUGUAGACUGAACAGUGGGAGCAUUCAGCCUAACUGCACUACAUCAUGUCCGGUCAACAUGUACAUUGGACUCCAGUGUGAAUAUCAUGGCUUUUAUAUGUGUUGUUCAUGCCAGCACACAAACUUGUUGCUCAAGAAUAUUAACGUAUCGCUAGGCUUAUCACAUAGUAUUAGCAUCUUUAUUACUGUUAUUAUAAAUAUGGUAAAAUUACAAAGAAAUGUGCCAUUGAGUUUUCCUUUAUGUGUUUUUUUUUUGUUUGUUUGUUUGUUUCUUUUUCAACUGUGGAGACAGACUAUCAGUCUAUCAUGGAGGUUUAAGGUGUAACAAUACCAAAUUAGUUUAAAAAAAAAAAAAGAAAAGAGCCUCCUUUUGAUGUAGGUGAUUAAUGUAGUUACAGUAUUGCAUUGUUUAGAGAGCAAAAUUCUAUCGGUUUUAUACAUGUUUCAGGUUUAUUGUUUACAGUUACCUUAUGAGUAUUGUUCUUGCUCGAUUAAAAAUCACAUCUUUGUUAUGAUCAGCUGACUGAAUAAAUGUGAAUAAUUUAGCCAUUCUUGUUGAGCGAUUCCAUUUUCUGUACUAUAUAUUUCAAUUCUGAGAUCUACUUCAU